AUGGCAAGGUGCCCCAAGCAAAGGAAGAAGGCAAUCAUAGUUGCUGUUUCUAUGGCGGUUUUGAAACUUCACUCUCUUUUACUUCGUAAACCCAAGCCUGUUCUUGAGAAUUCCGACGAUCCAAAAUGGAAACACUUCAAGAACUGUAUUGGCGCACUUGAUGGAAAAAUAAUCAAUGUACGUGCAACCAAAGAGAAUCAAGAAAGAUACCGUACUCGUAAGGAAACAAUUGGAAUGAUCGUGUUGGGAGCAGAGUCCAUGAAACCGUACCUGGUUGAUUGGGAGGGGUCGGCCCAUGAUGGGAGGGUUCUGAGAGACACCUUUAUUAGGCCAAAUGGUUUAAAGGUUGCUAAAGGUUUCUAUUAUCUAUGUGAUGCCGGUUACAGUAACUGUGAGGGAGUUGUCCAAUGUCGAGGGGUUGUUACAAGAUCAAGUGAUGAAGAUAGGAUUGCUCAGUUGUACUACCAACUACCUACAAAUGAAGAAAGGUUGUGCUUCCUUCUGCGUUUAAUCAACUAA